AAAUAAAUUCUGCCAACCAGCUAAAAGCUAGCUAGUCUGUGAAAACAACAAAGUAUCCUGUUCAAUUAAUUUAUCGUAUAUUAUUAUUUAGGAUUUUCAUUCUGCAAAUAUAUUGGAUGCUGCCUUAAAAUGGCUACUCCUAGUGAAACUUCAGAUCAAAAUGCAAAGUCUAAGCGCCCUGCUGAUUCCGCAUUUAAGCAGCAGCGAUUACCAGCAUGGCAACCAAUACUGACUGCUGGUACCGUUUUGCCAACAUUUUUUGUGAUAGGAAUCGCCUUCAUCCCUGUUGGCAUUGGACUACUUUACUUUUCGGAUGAGGUUAAAGAGAAAGUGAUUGACUACACAGACUGUACUAGACAUGGAUUUAAUAUAUCAUGUGCAGAGUAUAUCAAGCAGGACUUCAUGAAACCAUGUGAAUGCCAGAUUGAUUUUACUUUGGAGGAUAAUUUCCAAAGUAAUGUCUUCUUUUAUUACGGACUCAGCAACUACUACCAAAAUCAUCGCAGAUAUGUGAAAUCUAGGGAUGAUAACCAACUGCUAGGCCGACUGUCCAUGACUCCAUCAUCAGACUGCGUGCCGUUUGCAUAUUUGGACAACAAACCUGUGGCGCCCUGUGGCGCAAUAGCAAAUUCCCUUUUCAAUGAUACAUUAACUGUGUAUGCAUAUUUGCAAAAUGUUCAGGAAGAAGUGCCAACUUUCCGCACAGGCAUAGCUUGGAGUUCAGAUAAGGAGAUAAAGUUCAGAAAUCCUCCUGGAGACCUCCAGAAAGCAUUUGAAAAUUUUUCCAAGCCGUUGAAUUGGCGUCUCAACGUUUGGGAAUUGGAUCUCGAUGAUCCGAACAAUAACGGUUUCCAAAAUGAAGAUCUAAUAGUAUGGAUGCGGACGGCGGCGCUGCCAACAUUCCGCAAGCUGUACCGGCGCGUGGACCACAGCAAGCCGGGCUUCUCCAACGGCCUGCUCAAGGGGAAAUACAUGCUGAAGGUGGCUUACAAUUACACAGUGAUCGACUUCAAUGGGCGCAAGACGUUCAUAAUAUCGACGACGUCGCUGCUCGGCGGGAAAAACCCGUUCCUCGGCGUCGCGUACGUGGUCGUGGGCACUCUGUGCCUGCUGCUCGGCAUUGUGCUCCUGGUUAUACACGUGCGCUGCUCUAAGAGCACAACAGAAAUGAUCAACGUGAACCCACGUACACCGUAUUCUUAAUUUCAUCGAGGUAUAUAUCUCGUGUGCUUAGGUAGAGAAUGGAACCUCUGAUGUUUAAGGUAAUAUAAAGUCUAUUUGAACACAAAACAUCUAAAGUGUUACAAGUAUUAUCGUGUUAUGUUUCAAUACCAAGUCUCGUAAAGUAUUUGUGAUUAAUGUGAUUUAAAUCAUGUUAUGCUGCGAAUUUAUCUUGAUUAAAGACUGUAUUUAUGAAUGGCUAGAUGUUAUUUGGAUUUCUAAAUAUCGUAUAUGCGAAUUAUUUUUUCGUUUGGUUACGGCCGUCGCUGCUAAUUGGCAAAUCUCAAUGAGCUUGAUGGCGCCAUCUCUCGAUAACAAUCAGAACUAGGUUUAUCACUAAAUAAACAAACGUGCAUUUAUUUAUUGUAAUUUACUCAAUGGUGAUACUUUGCAAGCAAUCUAUUUAAUUCUAAUAUUCUCUGUCUAAGUACUCGAUGUUUUUGUUUUUAAUGUUAUUUCUUAAUAAUGCAAAAUGAUUUUAUAAACUAAUUUUCUCAUAGUUAACGUACGGUAUAAUUCUACGCCACAUGUAAAAUCGUGAUUGUUUUUGAGGAAAAUCUUCCUCAAGUGUAUCAACUUCUAUAAGUGUAGCAUCGGCUAUUAUUUCCAGUAUAAUUUAGUCCUUAUGCUCCCAUACAAUAAUGUCUCAUUUGGCAUGAUCACAUUUUUUGUAACAUUUUCAUGCGUUAAUAAUCUUAAACCCCAUAUUGUCACGCAAAAUUAUGCCAUACCAAAACAGAACAUAGUGUCUAAUUUUCUUUGACAUAACACUCUGCUAUUGUAGCGUAGACUUAUUCCGUAUCAAGAGAAGUAGAUUGCUUUUCACUUAGUUGUGACUAGUUUGGUAGGUGACGAAAAGAUACUUCAAUCAUAGAUUGUGUUGUAUUGUAUCAGUUUAAUCGAAGAUAUCUGUGGUGUGGGCAGACGAGAGUGUUGACAGGGCAUGACAAUUAUAACUUAUUUCAAGUGACAAGGCGCCCUAGGCGGUCAUUUCUUAUGGAACCUUCUGUCACAGAUUUAAGGACUAUUUUCAAGUGAGAAACAGAAUUUUCGAUAUAAGUGCUACAUUGUGCAUAUAACCAGUGGGGUUAGCGAGAAUAUUUGCGAGAACGCAAUUUUAUAAACGUCAAAUUGUAUGUGGAAAAUUAAUGGCUUUUUUUUACAUUUGAUAGAAGUGCUGUUUAUUUUCCAUAUAUAUAUUUUCGAUGGCACGCUAGCUCCACAGGUACAUUUAGUUUAGUCAAUGUGAUAGUUGGUUAUUGUUGCAGUAUUUUAAUAUUUUAUAAUAGGUAAUUUGUAUGUGCUUUAUUGUUGCGUUGUUGAACAAAAUUAUAUUGUGUAAUUAUUCCAUGUUUAUUUUUAACAAUUUAGUAUAAUUUUCUACUAUACUUUCUGAUUUUAAAUUGCUUUGGAAGUUUUAAUAUUUUUUUUAUUUCAUCGAUCUAUUAUGUACUUAUACAUUAUAUCUUACGUAAUAUUCUAAUUAUGAAUAAAAUGUAUUUGUUAUCUCUUAAAAUAACACUCUUUUAACUAUUUUAAACACUUUAAAUUACCUUAAGUAAGUAGUUAUAUAGGAAAACUUAAGUGCCUUUUAGGAAUACAAAAAUUGUAAUCACUAUUACACCAUUUUAUAUCCUUAGAUAUUCAAAAGUGCGAAAUGUUACAUCUAUUUGCCUGUCCCUUGUAUGUAUUUGUGUAGUCGAAAUCUUCAAAUAAAAGAAAUUUUAAUUACUUUUGAUGGUACUUAUUUUUAGAACUUACUUAUUUUUUUAGAAAACUUAUUGCAAGGUUAUUUUUUAUUUUAUUGGUUCGUUAUAAAAAAUAACAAACAUUUUUUUUUUUUUUCAAGUAUAAAUCUCAGUCAGUUUUAUAAUUAUCGCUGUAGUUGUAGUUUAACCUAUAUUAUGUACACGCACCAUGAAACCCAAAUAUUAAAUAUGUAAUUAUGAAAUAAAUGUAACUGAUAA